ACAUGGAGUCGGAACAGCCGGAGAACGCGACUAUCGCCAACGGAACGUACUACGGCAUCAAGGAGAUUCACAUUCAGGUGAUGUUCUACGCGGCGUACGCCGUCAUCUUCAUCGUCGGCACGGCGGGCAACUUUCUCACGUGCUACGUCGUCGUGCGCAACCCGGCGAUGCAGUCCGUCACCAACAUCUUCAUCGCCAACCUGGCCAUCUCCGACGGUCUCAUGUGCCUCAUCUCGGUGCCCUUCACGCCGCUCAGCACCUGGCUGCCUGCCUGGUACUUCGGCUCGGUGAUGUGUCACCUCGUGCCGCUCAUCCAGGCGAUCAGCGUCUACGUGUCGACGCUGACGCUGACGGCGAUCGCCGUCGACCGCUUCGUCGUCAUCUGCUACCCGUUCAAGCCGCGCAUGAAGAUGUCUGUGUGCGUGCUGGUGCUGCUGCUCGUCUGGGUUAUUAGCGUCAGCAUGUCGCUGCCGAUGGGCGUGUACAUGACGGUCGACGAGAAUCGCAUGUGCCGCGAGAACUGGCCCGUCAUCGCGCACAUGAGCAUGUACACGAUGGCCAACCUGCUCGUGCAGUUCGCCUUCCCGCUCAUCAUCAUCACGUUCUGCUACGCGAUGGUCUCGAUGCGACUCAGCGAACGCGUGCGCCGCAAGAUGGGCUCGCGGACGUGCCGCGAGCGAGACGAUCAGGAUAUCAGGCGCAAGCGACGAACGAACCGCAUGCUCAUCGGCAUGGUUCUCAUCUUCGCCUUCUGCUGGCUGCCGCUGAACACGCUUCACGUCAUCAUCACGGGCAUCAACGAGCGUCUCGCCUACUCCGAACACUUCCUCGUCACCUUCUCGUUCUGCCACGUCGUCGCGAUGAGCUCCACCUGCUACAAUCCGUUCAUCUACGCCUACCUGAACGACAACUUUCGCAAGGAGUUCAAGUCGGCGCUGUCGUGCUGCAUACAGGAGCCGCGCCAGUGCCGCUGCAACGGCAACUCGCUCGACACGGCGCAGACGACCCUCGUGCACGCCGGCCGCAACUCGCUGCGCUGCGACGUCGCCGAUCCGGAGACGAACAGCCCCGCCAACGCUCACCUGAAGCGACUGAAGCUAAAGUCGAGCAUCAAGAGCAAUCAGAGCAACCGCUCAGGCGAGCUCGAAUAUCUCAGCGAGGCGGAAAACGAACGCGACGCGACGACAGCCCUGUAG